AUGAUGGAGAGGGUCGAGGACUUAGGGCUCAGCCUCAGCCUCAGCUCGUCCCUCGCGUCUCCUCGCACUCACCAUGUCGCCACCAUGCUGCUACACGCUCCACCAGAGAAGAGGUUCCUGGAGAUGCCACUGCUGCUCCCCGCGAAGCGAAGCGAGGCCACGGGCGAGGAGAGCCUGCGAGGCGGCAGCGACGAGGAGGACGGCGGCUGCGGCAUCGACGGCUCCAGGAAGAAGCUCCGGCUGUCCAAGGACCAGUCGGCCGUGCUCGAGGAUAGCUUCCGGGAGCACCCAACUCUCAACCCUCGGCAGAAGGCAGCCUUGGCGCAGCAGCUGGGCCUGCGGCCCCGCCAGGUGGAGGUGUGGUUCCAGAACAGGCGCGCCAGGACGAAGCUGAAGCAGACGGAGGUGGACUGCGAGUACCUGAAGCGCUGCUGCGAGACGCUGACGGAGGAGAACCGGCGGCUGCACAAGGAGGUGCAGGAGCUCCGCGCGCUCAAGCUCGUCUCGCCGCACCUCUACAUGCACAUGUCCCCACCCACCACCCUCACCCUGUGCCCCUCCUGCCAGCGCGUCUCCUCCUCCUCGUCCAACAACGGCAACUCCGCCGCCGUCGCCGCCGACCGCAAGGCGGGCGCCUCCGUCGCCGAUGGCGCCGUCGUCUGCCACCGCCCGAUCGCCGUCCGGCCGCAGCAGUCAUGA